AUAUAAUAUUAAGUUAUAUAAACAUAAUAUUAAUGAAUAAUUAGAUGCGGAAGGGUUUUGAUAAAAUCUAUAUAACAAGAAUACAAAAAUCAAAAUUUAAACAAGAAAGCUUUGGGGGUAGUAGGACCUUGAAAUGUUUAAGUAGAUUGCUGAAAAUCCUAAAGUAGAGGAUAGAUAUCGAUGAGUAUCAUCGCAUCUGGAAAAUAUGAAAUUACUUAGAGAACCAUAUCCUUCAGAGCUAAGAAUAUUCAGACUAUGGAUUGAGGGAAUGAAAAAGAUGCUUAAGAAGAGAAUAGAAGAGUAUGGAUAAAAGGAUAUUGAGAUUCUUAAAGGACAAGAUAAAUUGAAAUAUAAUAAUGGAGAUUUAAACCAGUAGAGAUUUUCAAAUAUGAUGUGUAGAGCACACUCUAAAAAAUGGAUGAAUGAAAAUCAUCUGAGAGAUUACAUUUCCACUUGGCAUUCUAAAUGCAUUGAAUGA